UGGGUUGACUGGGGAUUCAAAAGUCAAUUAUAAUCAUUUAUCUCUUUACCAAUUGGUCACCUUUCAAUCCUUUAAUCAACUCAUUACAAAACAUAUCAAAAUAAACCAACCGUGUACAAGUUCAUACGGAAUAUUGCGAAUGGAUUAAUUGUUGCCGCCAGUUCUGUCAGUGGACUUAAUAUCCAGUAAAACAAGAUCUGACUUUCAUUAGUUGAUUUCAUCUGUAAAGAACAAAAAUGAAGUUUUCCCUCACCAUUUUGUUGAUCGCGUUGUGUUCUCGCGACAGCACGUGCCAGACACCAUACUGCACGAGAUUUAAUAAUACAGGACCGGACUUGCCGCAACUUCCGGACCAGUACCAGACGACGAUCGAGGUGAACCUCGUGGAUAAGGGGCAGACCAUCACAGGGGCGGAGUACUAUGACGGUCCCGGAAACCAGGCCACCCUGCAGAUGCGGCAGAACAACUCUCUCUUCACGCUCGUCUAUGAUUACGAAAACGAUCAACUGUUCUAUAUUUAUGGAAACGGUACCUGUCUCACAGAGGAGUUAAGUACUGACUCGAACAAUGUGUUCUUUGGGAACCGGACCAUAGCUGGCAUGCCCCACGUUUUCAGUACCGGCGGGGUCCUCCACUUCGCAAGCACUUUCGGCGAGGAAUACAUGGGUACCGCCACAGUGAGGGGUGUGCUGGUGGACCACUGGCGGAGCUGUCAAUACUGGCCCCAGGUCAACUCGAACUUCACCCUAGACUACUACUUCUCCGCCCGCAACUGGAGUGACCCUAUCGCCAUCCCUCAGAUCCCGGUUCGAGCAGUGGCUAACGGUACCAUGGCAACGUCGGGAGGCCCCUACAGUUUCCUGCACUAUUACGACUUCAUUGAUUUUCGAUUCUCCAUCCCCGAUGACUCCACAAUAUUUGAGACCCCUAAAGGAGUCAUCUGUGCAAACCGGAAGGACGCUCAACCCGUUCCACAACUUCCGGAUUUUUUCCACUAUCGACAAGAGAUCAUCCUUCAGGGUCAAACAGCGGUUUUCCAAGCAGACGUGUGGUACGACAAAACCUACAAGUACAUCCGUUAUGACUACCGGACGCUGUCGCCGAGUCCGCCCCUCAACACGACCAACCCAAUUACAGAGAUUCACGAUUACAACUUCGGCGUGCGUUACGUGAAAGACCAGGUGACCGGGCGGUGCAUAUCCGGCGCUCUAGUCAACUCCACGUUCGACGUCUCCGAGAAGCAGACGGUGGCGAUCAAUGGUACCAACGUGUACGCCAUCCACAUGAAGAACCCCAUGGCCCUGUUCUAUCUGAAUUCCGACUACGCCUACACCGGGAAGCGGACGGCACGUGGCCUAACUUGCAAGGUCUUUACGGCACUGCGACCUGACUACGAUGCUGGUGAUGGUAGCCGUCAUUCCGCCAUCUUUGAGUACUAUUUCCUUGAUGAUCAGUAUUUCGAGGUCCCGGAUGACGGAAGUACGUAUCCGAAGGGUGUGCCCGUGUUUCUUGAAGUAACCGUCCAAGACCUCGCCAUUCACGUGAUGUACAACUUUCUGGACUUCGACGAGGGUCACCCUGACUACUCGCUCUUCGACGUUUCCUCUUGCUACUCCGAGACUGCCAAGUUGCAGUUCCAGAUCCGGUUUCCGGGCGCCUACAAAACGGGCACUUCCGGUCAACUUUUGGCCGACGCAGGAAGUGCUAUCCGCGCAGCCGCAAACGUCAAUCCGAUCCGGGUACAGGAUAUCCGCCUUGACUAUGACAACUCGCAGGUGUUUGUCUCCGGAACAAUUCUUGACAGAUCUCCAGGACUGGCCCAGUUCACCUUUCUGAGCGCCCAGGAGAUCGAGAAAAACGACGACUUCACGUUCAGUAGUAACGCCGUCCAUAACGUAACGGAGUGUGCGCAGAAGUGCGUGGGUUACUCGGAUUUCGUCUGCCAGAGUUUCGAUUUCUGCCCGCUCGAUCCGGACAGCGUGUGCCGACUGAGCAAGGCCCAUAUCGGCGACGGAGGCGUUGUCGUUAAGGCCAGCGCAUGCAAUCAUUUCUCACGGACCGUCGUGAACCCGGGGCAGAGUGAGCCUUCGCUGACCACGACGUUAGCGAUGCUCCAGAAUGCCGUCUACGGCGGUCAGAUCACCGCUGACGUCAAUAUCGAGGGGCUCGACGACCCGAUAACGUACACUGCCGUUGAUAUCCAAGUGACUUUCGGCUAUCUAACCCCUAAACCCCUUCCGACGCUGAGCGGACAGUUCUCGUACCACCUCGAGAUCACCGUGCCGCAGUACCAGCAGGUCUUCAACUCGCACAUCUAUUACGACUCGGACUUCCAGCUGGUGCGCUAUGACCUUGUGAACACACAACCAAGUCCUCCUCUCUUCACCAUCGACCCUAUAUCCACUAUACAUGAUUAUAGCUCAGGGUUGUCAUAUACACUGGACGUUGCUCAGGGCAACUGCACGAUAGCGCCCAUCGGAAACACGUCUUUUGACGUCGGCGUCACCGGAAACGCCGGCUAUGUCGUCAAGAUGAAAAGCCCCCUGGAUCUGUUUUACCUCAAUGGCUCUUACAUAUACGCCGGGCAGCAAACUAUCCGGGGUAUAUUCUGCGAUGUGUUUGAGACUGUCCGGACCGACUUCCGGUUUGGAAACAAUCCCCUCAACCAACCAGCCGUGUUCCAGUUUUAUUUUAUGUCGUCCGACUGGCACGAGCUCUCCGAGGACAGUGGGGCCCCCGUUCUGUCGCAGCCGAUAGCACUCGUGAUCAGCUCUUCAGUGGGUGGGUUCACAUUGACUUACGAUUUCUACGACUUCAGUGAACAGCAUCCGGAUCUGUCCAACUUCGACAUUCGACCUUGCUACGCUGGGCAACAACUACGGCACUUCCUUAUUAAAUUUGCAGGUAAUUAUCAUCCCACUCUGGACACGAACCUCAAGAAGUUCACAAAGAAUGUACAGCAGAUGUUGUCGUUUUACACGACGGCGUCCUUCAUACGUUUCCAAGACCCGACGAUUACGUAUUCGGACGACGGCUACGUCUAUUACCUAGCAACGAUGGUGGAACAAGCACCGUAUUUAUUGGACUUUACUAAGACCUCAAACAACGUGGCCGUCUACGACGCCGACAAGAUCAUCAGUGACGUCACGUCGCCGUUCACGUGCGCGGCGUUCUGUCGUAACGAGACGACGUUCUCGUGCGAGGGGUUUGACUACUGCCAGUCAGCCGGGAAGUGUCAGCUGAGUCAGAAACACGCCGCGCAGAGUGGCCAGGCCAUUAGACCCAGCGAUAUAUGUGAUCACUAUUCAAAGACCGUGGAUAACGUUGCCCCAGUGGAGCCUACAGUCGGUGAGGCGUUCAUCAUUCUAAAGGACGUCGUCUACGGCAUUGGCCUCAACGUCACCGUACACGAUGACGUCACGGGGCAGAACGUUGUGUACAAAGCGCUUCUAUUUGACGAGGACAUCUUGAGACCUGAUAGCACUGCCACCACAAGUACAAAUCUCGCGCACUUUAUUCCCGCGCGCCACGGUGUCAUAGUGACGUCACCAGACGCGCAACUAACGGGCGUUUCCGUGGACCAGUGCGCCGCCAGGUGUCUCUCCGAGGCGACGUUCGACUGCCAGUCGUUCGGAUACUGCUUCGACACCGGACGCUGCUACCUGAGCACUCAGCGACCGGAUCAGCGAAUGAACGUGACGCAGACGCGCAUGCCUUGCGAUUUGUACUCUCGCUCCUACGUCGACAAUUACGUCCCCUUCCCUGGACAAACGCUGCAGGCGCAAGGUGACGUCACCAUCACGGACGUGCAAUCGGUGAACUUCUGCGCAGAAAGAUGCUCCAAGAGUACCAUCGCCGAUGGGGACGGGAUCGCGUGCAAGUCUUUCGACUACUGCUAUCAGGCAAACGUGUGCAUUCUUAAAAGCAAGCAUCUCCUGGACAUGGCAUCCUCGACCCUCAAAUCGUCCGGUGGCUCGUGCUCACAUUUUUCACGUAAAUACAUCAGCGACUUUGACCAAACCACGGGCCGCGUGUUCACAACGUCCGUCGACCUACAGUUCAGCAACGUCUCAAAGGACGCAUGCGCGAAACUCUGCAUGGAGUACACAGCAGACGCUUGUCGGGCGUUCACGUACUGUAUGAGUUCGUCCGUCUGUGUGAUAACAGCGCUUGACCCGAAACUUUACCGGAACAAUAUCUCCGCGAACGCUUCCUGUGAUGUAUACACAAGGAACUACUUUUCUUCGAACUCCGGUAACACCAGUCCCCAGUCGCAACAACAAGCCUCGACACGGAUGUCAAGUGGAUACAGUGGCGGUGCGAUGGCGGGUCUCGCGUUCGCAAUGCUGAUCCCGGGCAUGGUUAUAGGUGCGGCCCUCCUCUACUUCCUGCGCACCAAGCGACUCGUGCGCGAAGAACAACUGCGCAUGGGCUUCAUCCCCAGAUUCGGAACAGGCGGCCGACGACUAAACGAGAAGAUGGACGGCGAUAUGGAGCCCAUCGAUGAUCCCCAUGACGCCCCGCCAGCACAUGUACACGCGUACGAUUCGCCGCAAUGAUAUUACCUUUUGUGAUUUACGUGUAUGGUGGUUAAUAGAUAAUUACGCUUGUUCACAAAACAAACUUUAUGUUCAAGUUUAUUUGGUUAAAGGUGAUAAAUGUUUCGGUUAAUAACGCGAUGGUUGUGAUGGUGGAUUUCGAAGAAAGACAUCAUUUUUACCGAAACUCUUUAAUAUUGAUUUCGUUCGUUCUGUUAAUGAAGAAAUUUGUGUUUUGGUUAACAGCAUUACAACAUAAAAGUAUAGAUGCGUUCUUUUGUUAAUGUUGCAGACAAUAUUUUAUGCAUUUAAAUGGUCUUUCGGUCGUUGAUAUAAUUUUUUUUUGAAACCCCAAACAUGUCCGAUAGCUGUGUUUAAUUAUAACUUAUAAAUAGUAAAGUGCCAGAUCCGAAGAUUCCGAUGCAAUAAACCGAUACAAAAAGAAACAUGUUACUCAAUUGUGGAUGAGCAUGUGAUCUGUGAUCAAGUUGCAUUUGUGAUGCAUUUGCUAUAUUAACUAAUUGUAUUAUUACUUUGACAUUAUUUUUCUAAUACAAUUAAUUGUCUAAAUUGUAUAAUAAUGUUUCAGAUGCCAUGUGCUAUGCUUGCUUAUUAUGAUGUGUGUUCGUUUAACUUGUAUUAAAAAUUUCAAUACUUU